UGUCGCUGUCGAUUGUCAAGCAAAUGCCAAAACUGCCAAAUGUUGCGAGCGUUGCGAGAAUUAAUAUUUUGUUUUUCUUUAUUCAAUAGUCGUUAUUUUGGCAAACGUGGCACACUCCAUUGCAUUGCACUAUUUAGUAGUAACUAAAGCGUCCUCCGACUAUCAACUUCGAUUACGCAGAGGCAAAUUAGAAGUCUCCUAUAGGCAAUCAGCUUAUCAUGAAACUCCUCUCAGAUAGAGAGAGCAGCAAUGCAUCGUGAACAUUGGCAGUGAGCGUGUAUCAAAACACGUUGACAUACAGCAUAUUUCAGCGUCUAUUCAGCAAGCGAUGUCGGUGAAGGACGCAAAGUAUGUGUGGGUAGAGUUGGAGCCCGUGUUUGGCGGCGUGGCUGGCCUGCACACGAAGCAAGAGCAGGAACUCACAGAAAAUGUGAAAUCAGAGGUUAAAUCAGAACCUGUGGAGAACAUGUGUGUUAUAAGCGAGACAGCCAGGGCAGACUUGUACUUGAAUCAAGAGCAGCCUGAGAGCGCACAGGCAGGGCACAUAGACCAUGCAGUAGAAGCAGAGGUUAAGGCAGAACCCAAGGACAUGUCUGACAGCGAACCAGCAACUCAAGCCAGCUUGUACAGUCACAUAGACCCUGCAGUGAAGGCAGCACUUAAGGCAGAGGCUGAAAACAUGUGUGGUGAUAAUGAAGCAUCUAUGCUGACUGACUUCGAGUAUGAGAGUGCAAACACCAGUCAGAUAGACCAUUUGGUGAAGGACACUGAGCCGGAGAGCGAGGAGAGUGUGUGUAGCAUGAGCACGGUGUCAGAGCAGGCAGAACUGUACCUUAAGCAUGAGGUACAAGAUGGACUGGUGGUGGGCCCAGAAGCAUACCAUAGAGCAUCAUUUAACUUAGCCAUGAUGACUCCUAUACCACAGAGCAGCUGCACUGUCAGACUGGAGCGCAUGCACGUAGACAUGGAGCGCUGUUUGUGCAGUAUCGGAGGCAACACAUACAGGUUCCAAUUGUGUCUAAUUCAACAAGAAAAUGAUACAACAGCAGACGAAGAAUAUUCUCCGCGUAGCGAGGAAGAUGGCGACGAGGAGCUAUACAGAUGUCAAUCUUGUGACUUUACUAGUGUCCAUAAACAUUAUAUAAGAGUUCAUAAAAACAUCGCCCACGCUAAUGAGAAGAUGUGGAAACACAAACAGAGAAAAAACAGUCAAAAGAAACCCUACCAAUGCGAUCAAUGCAAGUUUGCUACUCUCCGGGAAGAUAUAUUACAAUGUCAUAAAAAGAUGCAUACCAAAAAUAUUCCUUACAAAUGUGAUGAAUGUGAUUUUGCUACUAACAUCGAAUUUUAUUUACAAGUUCAUAAAAAGACACACAUUGGUGAGAAACCAUACAACUGUGAUAAAUGCGAUUAUGCUCACGCUCGCAAAUAUGAAUUGGAAGUCCACGUGAAUACCGUGCACGGGAGUGAAAAGGUCUACAAAUGCGACCAAUGCAAGUUUGCUACUGUCCGGGAAGAUAUAUUCCACUCUCACAAAAAGAUGCAUGCCAAUUAUAUUCCUUACAAAUGUGAGCAAUGUGAUUUUACUACUAAAAUCAAAGAAAAUUUACAAGUUCAUAAAACGAUGCACAUUGUUGAGAAACCAUACAAGUGUGAUCAAUGCUAUUACGAUGGUGCCAGCGAAACCCUUUUGGAAAUUCACAAAAAUAUGAUGCAUGGCGCCUUCGCACAAAUUAGUAACGGGAAAAAAAGAAAAACAAGAAGGAGACAAAAAAUAUGAUGCAUACAAUGCAUAGUAUGGACAAUGCCAAAAAUGAAACUCAUCAAUUCCAUUUGUGCAUGGGUGCACACCAAAGAUAAACCUUACAAAUGUGCCUAUAGUUUAGAGUACUUCGUGUGUUUGCACGUUUUUAGGUUAAAACUCCAGAAUGAAAUUAUUGAAAUGCUUCAAUUAUUAUGAUUUAUUGUAUUUACUUAAAAAUCUAAUUUUAUGUAAUAAAAAUAAAUAAAGUUGAUACUAAAGCGUAAAUAUAAAUAGCG